UCCCAAAACUUCGAGGCCUUCAAAACAUGAAGUUCUCUCUCUAUAUUUGCCUUUUGCUGUGUGUGGCUUUGAGCCAAGUUAGUGGUAACUGCUCAGGGGAAUGUCCGGAUACGGAGGAAGUUGUUUGGGCUCUCGGAGGAGGUUGCAAUGUUUUCCGGAAUAAGUGCUAUUUCGACAAGGAGAACUGCCAUCGCAAGCCACCAUUGACCAUAACGACCAAGAAGGAGUGUCAGAAGCAAUGUUCCGACAUUUGUACAGCCAUUUAUCAGCCCACAACAGGAAUCUACAAGGGCAAAGUCCUACACUUUGGUAAUGAGUGUGAAAAACAGGCUCACACCUGUCGUAGUGGCCACACUUUUUUGUAAGCCACGCAGAAUGUUUUAAAGGGCUUCUUUGGGACUUCAAGCAUGAAAGCAAAUAUUGAAAUCGUGUUCGCGGAACGAACAGCCAACAAGUCACGUAGAAAUCUAGCGACCGCGCUGAAUAAUUUAAUAGUGGUUUAGUCACACCCAGUUUAGAAGAAGAUGUAC